AUGGCUUCAACUGCUGCCGGCGAGCUUGCCCGCAAGGCGCUCAUGAAUGAUGCUCGUCAGGAGGAAGCCAUCACCGUCAAUCAGCGUGCUCUCAUUGACAAGAUUCUCGCCAGAUAUGCCGCAGAGUUCACCGUCUUUCGAGAGCUUCUCCAGAACGCCGAUGAUGCUGGUGCCACCCAUUGCGAGCUUCGUUUCGAAUCUCAGCGCUCUUCCUCUGCAGACUCUGCCUCUAAUUCUUCCACAUCAGCCCCCUCACUACCGCACUUCAAGGCAACCCUCAGCAAUUGGGUCUUCCGCAAUGAUGGCAAGCCCUUUGGUAAUGACGACUGGUCACGUCUUCGUAGAAUCGCAGAGGGCAACCCUGAUCCCGACCGUAUAGGUGCUUUCGGUGUCGGCUUCUACUCCCUCUUCAGUAUCUGCGAAGAGCCCAUCGUAUCCUCAGGCGACCAACUCAUGGGCUUCUUCUGGAAGGGCGAUGCUCUUUUCACAAAACGCGCAAAUAAUGCUGACCGUCAGACAUCGCCCGCAGGCAAGCCAUGGACCACCUUCUUCAUGGCUCUUCGUCAACCUGCUCCCUUGCCGGACUCUCCUAUGGCUCUCGCCAAGUUCCUCGCCACAUCGCUCACCUUCACCACAAAGAUCAGAUCUAUCGGACUCUACUGGGAUGAUCACCUCCUCUGCAAGCUCGACAAGAAGCUUACUUUGCCCAAGUCCAUGACCAUGCCAGGCCACCUCAACGCCUACAGUCCCAAUCGCAUCAUGCAUGUUCGUCAUCUCGAAUCCACCGCCGUUCAGAUCGAUGUUGAGGCCCUUCAGCUUGUUAUCGAUGCAGCCGAACGAGGCAAGCCCAAAUCGAAGCAGUCACUCGCAUCAGCGCUAGGCAAGACUGCCGGUGGAGGUCUUACUUCGAUGCUCCAAAGUGCUUUUGGCUUUGGCUCCUCUUCGGCAAAGGAGAAGGAGAGGGAGCGAGAGCGCGAGCUCCAGAGACGCAAAGAAGCUCAAGCCGCCCAGGCUGCUGAGAAGCGCAAACUCGACGCUGCUGCUGCUGCUGCACUCACCUCAGUCUCGGCCUCUAUUCAUCUACGCAUUGCCACAGCCAACGUCAGCGUCUCGGUGGACAAAGCCUUCGAACGAGAGAUCGAACGCAGCACAAAGAAGCCGCCGCCCAAAGUCACUGCCUUCCAUCUCAUCUUCACAGGCAAAGAGGAGUAUAAUGCGAGUUUCCCGGACGACAACCAAGAAGCCGACACAUCUAUCUCGGUUACCUCAUCUGCUGCUGCACUCGACAAGGGCGUCCGUCAGAUCUUCUCAGGGCUCAUGCCACGCCUUGAAGACCAAGGUCAUGCCUUCAUUGGCUUCCGCACACAUCAGACCACAGGGUUCAGCGGUCACAUUGCUGCUCGCUUCAUCCCCACCGUAGAGCGCGAGUCACUUGACUUUGUCGAUCGUUACUGUGCUCAGUGGAACUCAGAGCUGCUCUCCAUGGGAGGCUACGUCGCUCGCGCUGUCUACGAGAACGAAUUGACCGAUAUUGGUCGUUUGUGGACCAACACUUUUGGCGAAAAGCGUCCAGCCAAGGAUGAUGAUCUUCUCGCAAAGUCACUCAAGGAUCGUGCGCUCCAUCUCAUGCGCUUCUUCACCUUCCGUGCUUCGUCACCGUCCUCACGCGUCUCUUCGCUCUUCCUCACCUCCUUCUUCGGAUCAGCACGCCAGAACACCAUCUCGCUUAUGUCGACUCGAGGCGUCAAGCACUCUGCUGCCAUCCGCAUCCCCAAUGCGCUCCUCUCGAACUUCAUCAAGGAUCUCGCCGUAAUCUCUUCCGAUCACGUCGAACUUGCAUCUGACUUUGUACGCGAGGUUCGAUCGCGCAACCUUGUUCAGGACAUUACCAUGGACGAUGUCUUCCAAGAGCUCUCGUCACGUGCUUUGACGCCCGCCGAGAUGGUCGCAUGUCUCAAGUGGUGGCUCAGCGUCGCUGCUCACCCUUCCUACGACAUCAGCUUGCGAUCAAAGCUUAUCAACAAUGCUAUCUUGACCAUCGCAGAUCCAAAGGACGCUGCAGUGCCAGAGAAGAUCCAGCCGCUCAGUCUGGUGCGCUUCUACCUCAACACAUCUCGCUUACCGACCGACGUGCCUCUUCCGGAGUCGUGUCUGUCGUAUGAGGUCUCCAAGUCCUUUACCACCAACGAGCUUUCACGUGUCUUUGGUUGGUCAGAGCUGACGGUGUCUGCAUGGGUCAAGAACCUCAUUCAGAUCAGCGUUCAAGCACAGCAAUCCGGUUCCGCUGCCGUGGCCGAGACUAACAUCCAGACUUUGCCGGCUUUUGCCGAAAAGGUGCUGCUGACUCUCUCUCGAGCAUGGUUCGCGUUGCCUUCUACGCAGCAUGACGAGAUCCAGCAGCUUUUGGCCGAGAUCGCUUGCAUUCCUACCCGAUUGCAGAUGCAGAAGCCCAGCAACGCCUACUUUUCGAACGUGUCGCUCUUCUCGGACUUGCCCAUCGUCGAGUUUCCUUCCGCACAAGUCAAGGGCAACCUUGAAAAGGUGUUGAUUGCUCUCGGCGUGCGUCGUCACGUCGAGCUGCAGAUGAUCUUUAAUCGUCUUGUUGCAGGCGGUGGCUGGUCUCACGUUGAUCUCAUCUCGUACCUCGCCUCUAACAAGGAGUCACUAUCAGAGCUAGAAAAGGAGAGACUCAAGAAGACGGCCAUCUUCCCCAAGCACGGCGAAAUUUCCGGGCUCAAGGAAGAUGGAAAGCCGAGGAUCAUUCGCCAUCGUGCAAGCGAUCUUUACGAGCCCACCGAGGUGCUCAAGGCAUUGCAACUGCCUGCGCUAGACUGGGCCGACAAAACGUGGAAGCCUUCGUCCGACGAGGCACGCUUCGUCUUCGAUCUUGGUCUACGCCGCUACCCGCCUAUGGAGACAGUUCUGGAGCUGGCUUCGACUGCCUCGAAUGACGCUCUGCAAUCUAAGGCGCUCUCGUUCUUUUUGGACAAGUUCCAUGCACACUACGCCAAUCAGUACACCAUCUACCGCGCCGAGAAAUACGCAUUUGUUCCAGCACGCUUGCCAAGCGAGAACAAGAUGGUGUUGCGCAAACCGACCGAGGUCUUCACAAACGCAGAAGCUGCCGUGAUGGGCUUCCCCGUGGCUGGUCCAGAGAUCAACUUGGCUGACCUGCCGAAGCUGGGUCUGCGCUCGAAUCCUACCUCCACGCAGCUCAUCGGCAGGCUUGUCAAUUCACCCACAAAAGACGAAGCGCAGGCUCGCAAGAUCUUUGGGUACCUUGCCACAGUGCCUGAAUUCAGUCUCAGUGACUUUGCACAGCUUCGAGGUGCAGAGUUCAUUCCAGUGCGACGCAACAAGCGGCCAGCUGGUGGUGAUGCCACGAAGGAUGCUGCUGCUCCUUCUGCUGGAGAGAUUGUGUUGGUCGCUCCGAUGAACUGCUACUUUGGCGGCUCGGCAUCCGACAUUCAGUUCAGAGAUGUCUUCUUCUACUGCGACUUUGGAUCUGUUGCGGGAGCCUUUCUGAAGAACUGUGGUGUUCGGAACGAGCCGAGCAUCGAGGAGGUUGCCGAGCGUCUCAUCAGCGAACCGCAGCGAUUCUAUCAGCUGGCAGGCAGUGCUGACGCCUAUCUUGGCAUCUUGCGUCAGAUCGCCACCAACUGGAAUCGCAUCCGCAGCCCACUCCGCAACCAGAUGGCUCGCUCGCCUUUCUUGCUUGGCUCGAAGCGCAUCAGCGAAAGCAGAAGCAAGGGUAGCGGUGCUAAGACAGGACAUCUGCUGGAUGACGACGACGAGCAGGACGAAGAGGCUGAUGACGGUGGAACACUAGUCUAUGCGCUCAAGAAACCUGCCGAUGUCGUCAUUGUCGAUGAUGCCAACUCGCACAUGCUCUUCGCUUCGUCCCUCUUUUACGCUCCACACGAGGAUCUGCUUCAGGAGGGCUUGUAUGGCAAGUUGGGCUCGCCUCGACUUAGUACACUGGUCGAAGAACGCUACUCGGUGGAAGGCCGCGUGGUGAAAAACACACAACGCGCCCGAGAGAUCAAAGCUUUGGUCCUCGAACGCACGCCACUCUUCCUUUUCGAGAAGCGACAGUCGUCGCGAUCAGAGAUCCGCAAGGAGGCCGAGUGGCUCAAAGGUGCGCUCGAGGUGGAAGAGAUUGAUGGCGCCGGUCUUCGUCUUGUGCGUACACUGCGAUAUGAGCGUGUGAAGGAGCAGAACGUGCAGAAAUGUACGGCGACAGCAUCGAUGCGUGGCUCGAAGCUCAUCUUGCAUCUCUCCUCGUCGAUGGAAGUCGACUUUUUCGAAGUGGCGACUUCGAUCAGCAAGUAUCUGCUCACCAAGCAACGGUUGCAAGAGGUGUUGCUGUACAUGACGCUUCUCUCGACCUCGCUGCGCAACCUCAAGCGUCGUGGCUUCCACGUCGACAAGAUUCUGUCGCAGCGCAAAGCUGAACGAGAAGCUGCCGAGGCCAAGAUGCGCGACGAGAGACUCCGAGCGGAGGAGCGAGCUGCAGAAGAGAAGGCGACCGAGGCUGAGUUCGCAGAAUGGAGGAAACAAGUGUUGAGCGUCUUCCCUGAUGCUGACCCACAGUAUGUUGAUCAGGCACUUGGAAGUCACAGUGAUGCCCAUGUGGAGAGGACGACGAAUGAUAUGCUCAGCACAAACUACCCCCGCAGGAACAAGGAGAUGUCGUCAGCCAUUUCGCGGAUCCCAGACGAUGCUUCUUCUGCGAUCAGCGCAGGCGGAGGUGGUGGUGGUGCAGGAGCAGGCUUCUUCUCUGGCUUCCGCAACAAGUUCCUUCAGGCUGGCGCGAAGCAGCAGAGAAGCUCUCUUACUGAUGGCACAAGCUCAACCGAGCGACCUGGUUCAUCCGGUUGGCCAUCAGACAAUGCCAUUGCAGCAGCAGGUCGCGCUGACGAAGACCGAUCGCUGGGCGCGCUCGCAUCUCGCUCAGGCUCAGGCUCAGGCUCAGGCUCAGGCUUAGGCUCAGGCUCAGGCCCAGCAGCCACAGCCCCGACAAGCCAAGUCACGCCACUCUCUUCAAUCCACAACAACGUCCUCAAAGCCAUCCGAGCCUCUCGACCGGAUGCUUCUUCGAUGAUCAAAUCCGAAGCGCGUCAGACCGAGAUCAAAGAAGCAGCCAACUCGUACUGCGAUCAAGGUGUGGAAACAGACCUUAAACUAGCAGGCGAAGUUUGUGGUAUGAAGAUCUUCCUCCACCGCACCCUGGAUGCUGCUUCGAUGCUGCAAGCUAAUGCAGCAGCGCUGGAACGCCUGAUUAAUCGCAUCUACAAACCCGUGGGCAGUAUCUUCGGAUUGGACCCAAGGAGUAUGUAUGUUUUCUGCGACACUGCGGGGCCGGCGAUCGCGUUCAACAGGGCGGGAGCGAUUUAUCUGAACUUCAGGUACUAUUUGGCUUGGCACGAUGAGUUGGUGAAGCAAGGCAAAUUGGCGGAUGCAUUGGUGUCGACGUAUUUCAGCGUUGCGCAUGAGGUUGCGCAUAACGUUGUUGCAGCUCACAAUGCUGAACAUGAAUGGUACUUUAGUGCGAUUGCCGAGAAGUACGUUGUUUCGCUGGUGGAGUAUAUUGGCAUGGCCGAAAGGGGUGCUGCUGGUGGGGGUGUAUAG